AUUGGUGGUGUUGUGACAUUUGACGUUGACAAGUCUGUCAAUAAAUGACGUUUGUGCAUAAACUAGUCGAUUUUGUAGAAUGGAGUACAUUGUUAAAUAAAAUACGUCUAUUUUUAUCAAUUCAGUCGUAAUUAAACCAGUUCUAAAUUCCUUUGUUAAUUUUGUGUGUAAAAUUAGUGUUUCUACGUUCAUCAUGUAGAAUUAGAUAAAAACACCACUAGAAUGGUGACAGUAUUUUUUUGUUGAAUUCAUUGUUAGAAAUCCAAAUCGCUAAUUACUCAUGUUAAAUUCUCUUUGGUAAAUAUUGCGAAUAUGGAGGCUAUAGGCGAUUACGAAUACAAUGGGAAAGACCUCAUAGGUCAUGGAGCAUUCGCUGUUGUCUUCAAAGGCCGUCUUCGCGAGAAUCCCUCGUGCACUGUAGCCAUCAAGAGUAUAUCUAAGAAAAGCUGGGCCAAAUCUCAAAAUUUGCUAGGGAAAGAAAUUAAAAUUCUGAAGGAAUUAACCGAGCUCCAUCAUGAAAACGUUGUGGCUUUAUUGGAUUGCAAGGAGUCUACUAAUCACGUCUUUUUGGUCAUGGAGUAUUGCAAUGGAGGCGACUUAGCCGACUAUUUGCUGAAUAAAGGGACUUUAAGCGAAGAUACCAUUAGAUUGUUUCUAACCCAAUUAGCCGGCGCAAUGAAGGCCUUGUACGUAAAGGGAAUAGUCCACAGAGACCUGAAACCACAAAAUAUUUUGCUCUCCCACAGCGGCACCAAAGCCCAUCCGCAACCUUCCGAGAUUAAAUUGAAAAUAGCCGAUUUCGGUUUUGCGAGAUUUCUACAAGACGGUGUAAUGGCGGCGACGCUGUGUGGUAGCCCGAUGUAUAUGGCGCCCGAAGUUAUAAUGUCGUUACAAUACGACGCGAAGGCCGAUUUGUGGAGCUUGGGCACGAUAGUGUUCCAAUGUUUGACGGGCAAAGCCCCCUUUCAAGCGACCACUCCGCAGGCUCUGAAGCAAUAUUACGAAAAGAACGCCAAUUUAUCACCGAAAAUACCAGUCGGAACCAGUCCGGAACUCACCGAGUUGCUGACGGGCCUUUUGAAACGGAACUCCAGAGAUCGAAUGAACUUCGAAACCUUCUUCAAUCACAAAUUCCUCAAAAGACCGGAACCGCCGCAAUCGCAGAGCCCUCUCCAAGGCGAUUUGCCUUUGCCUAUUUACGGUACGCCGCCCUCGGCAGCGAAGCUUCUUUUCAGGCCGUCUACGCCGCUUAAAGUCGCCACACCGCCCGCCUCCCAGCCAGAAUCACCUCGUUCUACAAGAAACGCUCUCAGUUCAAGUCCUGAAGAUGAUUAUGUUAUAGUGCCGCAAAACAUUCAAAUCCAAUCGGAUCAUUCGGCCGAGAGCAGCGUGGAAAAGGAGACGAACGCAUUCAAGUUGCCGGUAAGAUCGCCGCCGUUGCCACGCGAAGCUUUACCGAGUCCCACUAGGCCGAGCUUUCUACCCAUAUCCGAGCCCAUACCGGUGCCGACGCAACGUGAAGCUUUCCACAAAAUUUAUAAUCAAUCGGAUAAAAACGAAGAACCACCAUCUCCAACACAGGUUAAUGGCGGCGGUAGCGUUCCAAGAUCCCAACCGAUAUCGAUGAAGAAGAGACCGGAAAGGCAGACGUCCGAUAUCGAUAUUAGUUCGAUGUCUCCGCCAUCUGUACAAUUCGUCAUCGGUACUCCUCCUGGGGGUAGACGACGAUCGACUUCUGGUAGCUUGUGCGAGACACCUCCGCCUCCUAACAUCUGGACCGUAUCGCCCAUAUCUGCUUCGAAGAACAUGCCUAUGAACUCGCCUUUGAGACGAUCAGGUACUUCACCGCCAAUUCUGAGCGGUCCGUUAGCUAGGCUUCCAAUGUUAAGCAGUCCGAAUUUGAGCGACAACAACAACCUGGGCAAAUCGCCGAUCAUACCGUUUUGCACCAGAGCGGUCACGUUACCGGAGAUAUCGGAAAUGGGCAAUUACCAGCCGUUCCUCAACGACACCUCGUCGAGCAACGACUUACAUCCCAUCAUGUUCCUGGCGCCCGAAUUGCCCGAGGAAACCCUGCUAGAGAAAGAGCACAACGAGACGUUGGCGAAGAUCAAUUUCGUUUUGGCGUUGAGCAAUUGCAUAUUGGAGCUGGCCGCCCAAAGGGCGACGCCGAUCUCUUCGGCGCUGGUCGAUCCGUCUCAGAAACAGCCGCCCAGCGAGACGACGAGGCGGGCCGAGCAGCUCGUGUUGCUCGUCAGGACCCUGCAAUUGCUGAGCUCCGGCCUGGCCUUGGCGACUAAGCAAUUGAAGUCGGGCCAAUUGAGGCCCAGCACCACCGUAAAGACUGUGGUUUCGACGAUGAAUACAAAAUUUAGGACGACGUUGCAGGAGUGCAAGCAACUGAAUAGCAGCGGUUUGUUGAAUAAAGUGAGCAAUUUGUCCGUAACGGCGGAUAAGAUCAUUUACAAUCACGCGAUACAGAUGUGCCAAUCGGCCGCCUUGGACGAGUUAUUCGGUAAUCCUGAGGAGUGUUUUCAAAGAUAUCAGACGGCUCAAAUUCUGUUGCACAGCCUUUCGCAGCAGGUGCAAAAUCAAAAAGAUAAAUUGCUUCUGACGAAAUAUAGAGAAGCUGUGGAAAAGCGCUUGUUCGUGCUUCAACAGCAAGGAUACAUCUACGCAACUGAUUUAGGCUAGUUAAAAUUAAAAUAUACUUGAGAUUAAAUAUUACCAAGCUUGAACAUACACAUUUGUAUUUUCGCUUAUGUAAAAUUAUGUAAUAGCGCUAAAGAUACGAUGAACUAAGGAAGUCUAUUUCAUAACGAAUCGUUGUAUCUGGAACAAUAUUUAGGUUUGUUCUAACGAAAUUUCAGACUCGCUGAGUCGAAAAAAAAAACUCAGAAGAGUCCAGGCCUCUUGUUAGAACACAAACUAAGACAAGUUUUUUAUUUAACGGAAUAGACUUUAUUAUUUCUCUUUUAGAGUAAACGUAUUCGUAUAGUAGAAUUUAGAUAAAAGAAAACUUGUCGCAAAUAACUAGUUAUCGGAAUGCUGGUUUAUGGAACAAAUAUGUACAGGAUUGUACGAUGAUUAAUUUUAACUAAUCGUUUAAUUGAAAAUUUUAUCGGCAAAAAUUGUAAACGUUUAAUUGUAUUUAUCGUUAGGGUAACGACGCGCAAUAAUACAAGAGUAAUAUUUAUUUGUUAGGAUUGUUUCUUAACAUUUUCCAUGCAUGAAAUAAGCAGGCUAUAUAUUAUAUUGUUCAUCUGCAGUAAAUUUUAAAACCGUUUCGUUUGAGAAUCGGUUUCACGCAUUAUAUUUGCACGCAUGAAUAUGUCAAGUUCUUCCUUAAACAUAUUUUAGACAUAUCUGUGAAUGUACAAUUCUUGUAUUAUUGCUUUUGAUUUAAACAAUCAUGUAAAAUGAUUUAUAUUUGUAACUAAUGUAAAUAGCGAUUCUAUUUACUUGGAACCUUCGAAAUUCGCUAGUUUUUACCAUACAGAUUUGAGGCUUAAGAUUUAUUAAACUGACGAAUCGAAUGUUGGGUGAUACAAAAUAAUAUGGUGAAAACUAGAGCAACCUGCUGUA